UGUCGUGAGGAAACAUGCUGACGAGAGAAAGUAUGCUGAAAAUGGAGAAAGUUUAUUAAAAAAAGAACAGUUUAAUAAUAAGGAUGAUAAUAUCACUCUCCCUUCUACACAAAAGUUGCUUGGAUCAAGUAAAAGGUUACAUUCGGUCUUUGAAAAAUCAUCACCACGAGAGAUAAGAGCUCAACGUAAAGCGAGCAUGAAAGCUUUCACUCGUUUACCUUCAACUGCAUUAGAAGUUUCUGUUAAUGAUAUUUAUACAACCGUAAUUGACUUUCCAAAACGACCGUCUUGGCAUUAUGGAAUGACAAAAGAAGAAUUAGAAUCUAAUGAAGAACAUUACUUUCGGCAAUGGCUAGAUGAUGUUUAUAACAAAUAUCCGAGAGAGGAAUUAAGUUUUUUUGAACAUAAUCUUGAUGUCUGGCGUCAAUUAUGGCGUGUCCUUGAAAUUUCAGACAUUAUAUUGAUUGUAGUAGAUAUCAGGCAUCCUCUGUUACAUUUUCCACCUUCAUUAUAUAAUUAUGUUGUUAAAGAUAUGAAGCGGAAGAUGGUUCUUGUAUUCAAUAAGGUUGAUUUAGUUGCAGAACAUACAGUAUAUUCAUGGACUAAAUAUUUUGAAGAACAGUUUCCUGAAAUUAGCAUUGUUGAGUUUAGCUGUUAUCCCAGGGAUAAUAGAUUUGUUGAUGAUACUUCCACAGCAUUUUUGCAGAAAAGAACAAAACGUCCAAAGAAGAGACGCUAUCAAGCUUUAGGAAUUAAAGAAUUGCUAUUAGCAUGUAAAAAUACAAAUUUAGUCAAACAAGAUGUAGAAGUGAAUUGGACAGAAUUGAUUGAACAGUAUAAUCGAAAUGCAACAGUUUGUGACAAUCUAGAUGAUAUUACAGAGGAGGAGGUGGAAAAAAUAGAUGCAAUUCAGGAGGAAUCAUCAUCUGAUGUUGAAUCUCUGGAUGCAGAAGAAAACAUUAAACAAAUUGAAAAUCAAUUGAAAGUAGUAAAUAUCAACAAUAUAGAAACAUCACCUCAUAAAACACUAAUUACAAUAGGACUUGUAGGACAUCCUAAUGUUGGAAAAAGUAGCCUUAUAAACAGUAUAUUUGGAAAAGUAGUUGUAAGCACUUCUAGAACUCCAGGACAUACAAACCAUUUUCAGACAAUUCAUUUAUCAAAAAAUAUUCGUCUUUGUGAUUCUCCAGGAUUAGUUUUUCCAAGUCUUUUAUUAAAGCAAUUACAGAUUUUAUUAGGAAUGUAUCCAAUUGCACAAGUUCAAGAACCUUAUAGUUCUAUACAAUAUAUGGCUGAAAGAAUUCCUUUAGAAUCAAUACUUAAACUAAAAACUUUAGAAAAUAAUGAAUGGUCUGCCUGGAAUAUAUGUGAAGCUUUUGCAAUUAAACAAAAAUAUUAUACAAAAGCUUCAAGACCAGAUGUUUAUCGGGCAGCUAAUGCUAUUUUACGUUUAGUUAAUGAUGGUCGUAUUUUACUUUCUUUUAAACCACCAGAAUUUUUUACAAGUUUAAAAUAUUUAAUUGCACAAAAAAAUGAAAUUGAUUUACAGAUAAAAGUUGAAUCUAAAAAAAUGGGAAUAAAUACUAAAAAAACUGAUAAAAAAGAAAUUUUUGAAGAAUUAAAUAGUCAAUCUAAACAGCAAUUGGGUGGUUAUUUUGAAUUAUUAAUAAAUUAUAAUGAUGAUAAAAAUUAAUUAUAUAGGUUU